AAAAAGAAAACUGGUUUCCGCUGAAGGGCUGAGCGCGUUUGAGUGACGUCAUUUUGAUUUCCAGGCUGUUUGUCAGUCUUUUCUAGCUCAAUGGAACACAACAGUAACCCUCCAUCUAGAAUAAUCACUAUCAAUAAAAUGAGUGACAAAGAGCAGAAGUCUCGCUCUGCUUCCAGGAGCGUGAGCGCACAUGGUUCUGGGAAGUCGGCUAGUCGCUCCCGCUCUAAAUCCUGGUCUCGCUCCAGGUCCAGGUCUGGAUCACAUUCCCACCGUGGCUCCCGCAGACAUUACAGCCGCUCUCGGUCCCGCUCCAAGUCCUAUCACCGCAGAUCUCGCAGUCGGUCCCACAGCGGGGAACGUCGGCGCAGAAGCCAUAGUCACUCCCCUAUGUCCAAUCGCCGCAGGCACAUUGGCAACCGUGCUAAUCCAGAUCCAAACGGUUGCCUGGGAGUGUUUGGCUUGAGCCUGUACACCACAGAGAGGGACCUAAGGGACGUCUUCUCUAAAUAUGGACCCCUGGCAGAUGUUAGCAUCGUGUACGACCAGCAGUCAAGACGCUCCAGGGGCUUCGCCUUUGUUUACUUUGAGAACACAAACGAUGCUAAAGAGGCGAAGGAGCGUGCGAACGGCAUGGAGCUGGAUGGUCGCAGAAUCAGGGUGGAUUUCUCCAUCACGAAAAGACCUCACACCCCAACCCCAGGGAUCUACAUGGGACGACCCACGUAUGGUGGAGGCGGUCCCGGUGGGCCACGGCGCAACUCACGUGACUAUGAUCGUGGAUAUGAUCGUGGUUACGACAGAGGCGGCUACGAUCGCUAUGACGACAGAGAAUACUACAAGUCGUACAGACGCCGCUCUCCAUCGCCGUAUUACAGAGGAACAUACAGGUCUCGGUCAAGAUCACGAUCAUAUUCCCCGCGUCGAUAUUGAGCUGUUCCAAGCGGCUUUAAUUCCCUCUCCUCCCAUGAACAGGAAUUUUUCUGAGAAAUAUCUUUAACUUUGUACUUUUUUUCUUCUUUAAGGGAUAGUUGGGUUUCUUAAACUUAGGAACGUGUGUCUUCAGUCAGUUGAAUGUGGCAGAAUUUGUUCCAGUUGAUCAGUUCUUGUUUAUUGUUUUAAUUGAUGUUUUUUUUAAGUUUUUGAACCCGAUGGACCUCAUACUCCCAUGUUCUGGUCGUUUGGCUUUGAAGACUCCUCACACGUGGCCUGUUGGCGAUCGCCAAUAGCAACAGUGUGAAAUGACGGUAUCUGUAAUACAGCCUAGUAAUGGUGAAGAAACCACUUUAUCCCAUUAAGAUUACAGCUUAUACAUAAUCACAGGAAGUGGUGAAGCAGUCCUCUUAUUGUUGUACAUUUUAAAUGUGAAGGAAAGAUUCGUAGUUCUAAAUGUGAUAAUUUAUGGUUCACAAACUGAGUGACAUCUCAUUCUUGAACAAAUAAAGAGGGAGUAUGUUUUUUUUUUCA